AUGUGUAGUAUUUUAAUCUCAGUAGUUUUAGUGAUUUCGGUACUUCCAGAAAAUAUCUUAGCUCAAAGGAAUAUAAUGACAGAUGAAUUUCGGCUCAAACUUCUUAAAGCUCACAAUAAUCUCAGAUCACAAGAAGCAGUCUCAGCUACUUUUAUGCUGAAGUUAGCUUAUGAUUACUCACUGGAAGGUUAUGCAGCUAACUGGGGGAUGAAGUGUAUGAAUGGGCAAUUUCAACACUCUCCUGAACAGUGGCCUUAUAGAGCUAGUCCUGGUGAAAAUUUAUAUGCAACUACAUUGGAUGUAUCUCAAGAUCCUUCAUGGGAUCCCUCAAGUGUAGUUAAAAGCUGGUGGAAAGAAAGAGAGAAUUUUAACUGGAGCACUGGGCAACCGAAUAGUGGAUAUCCUGUGGGUCAUUGGACUCAAGUUGUUAGGGCUCCAACGAGUACUGUAGGCUGUGCAGUAGUUGUUCAGUGCCCAGGAUCAUGGAAAACUUAUGUAAUAUGCCAUUAUGAUUUUGGAAAUGUUGGAUUUAUACCAUAUCCUAAUUUUUCAAUUAAUCCAAGUCUACCACAGAGGCCCUGUUCUCAGUGUCCAAAUGGGUAUAAUUGUUGUGAAAAUAAUUUGUGUGUAGGUAUUAUCAAUCCUAAUGUUUCACCACCAGGUCCUUUACCUCUUCAGACAAAUAAUGGAGUUUGUAAUGAAUAUAUGAUGAGGCUUUGUAAUAUUCGAAAUGGUGCUUGCCCACAGAGAUGCUUAGAUCUUAAUUAUCCACCUAUUAAAGAUGGAUUGAUUGUCCAACAGUGUACAUGUACAAAUGGGAACUCAAAUAUCCCUCCUACAGCUGCUUGGCAAUUUAAGUUAUGGUAUAAUAGGGGAGUAUGUUCUACAGCUAUAGGAGAAGCUUCUAGUUCAUUGGAAAUGUUCAAAGGAUUGGCAGAUAUUAGUGCUCAUUCAGUUAAUACUGAAAUUCCUACCAAAAGAAUGUCUCAUACUUCGAAGUCAUUGCUAUCAAAUAGAUUUUCAAGAGAUCUUAAUUGGCACAAUAGUGAGCAAAUAACAGUAGAGCACCAAAUACAUGGUCCUGGAAUUAUUAUUACAGAACUUGAAGAUGAUCAAAAUGAAAAAGAAAUUCCAACAGUCGCUAUAAAUAAACAAACUAGUGAUUGUAAUAAUUCAUACUGUGAAAAUAAGCCAAAUAAAUCGAAUAGUAUGCAAACUGAACAAAAAGAAUCUAAUACAUAUUCUGAGGUAAGUAGUGCAAGAAUCAGGAAAUUAGCUAAUGGUCAUCAAGAGGCUAUAUUAUAA